AGGGUGGCUGUGUGUGGAUGGGAGGUACAGGAAGAUGAGCUGGGCGGGGCUUACGUGAGCCGCGCAGAUGUGCGAGUGUGGCCAGUGCGCCGUAUGUGAGUUACAUUGGUAUCAUCAUUACAACCCUUUCUUCCCUUGUGUGACUGAGGUAGCCGAGCGACUCCCGGUGCGCAGACAUGUCAUCUCCCCCCAAAGAGAAAACGGACACCAAAGCCGGACACCUCCCUGCAGUGAAAGCUGGAGGUAUGAGAAUUGUGCAGAAACAUCCACAUACACCUCAUGUAGAAGCAAAAGAAGAUAAAGAUCAGGAGGAGGAGAAUUGGGAAAGUGGUUUUGUCCCACCCAAACCACCUGUGAUCAUCUCUGGCGCUCUAGCACGGGGUGACAAGGACUUUCCUCCAGCUGCUGCACAAGUAGCUCAUCAAAAACCACAUCCAGCUGUUGAGAAGCUGCCUACUGCACAACAUGUUAACCAGCACAUUCAUCAGCCUCGAAAGUGAUGUGGCCAUAUGACUGAAAACAAGAAUUUCAUCUGUUCUCUGACUUGUCGCUAUAAAUGUAACAGUCCCUGAUGUGCAUCAUGAACUUCUUGUUACUCCCCAAAAUAUCAGUUGAAUCCUUACUUUCCAAUCAUAUUUCAUAUUAAUUUUAAGGCCUAUAACGCAAUAAAUAAUUAUUACCGUUCAGUUGAACUCAAAUGUUUUAUGUAAGAAACUAUUUUAGAUAAUAAGAUGUACAUUUUCUUGCCGGUUGGUGCUACUUCACCAAAUACUUUAAAAAAUAAAAAUAAAAAACAAGAAACAACAACCUUAUUUCUAGACAAAGCGAACAUAAUAUCUAUACUUUUGCACUACACUAGCCAUACAAAUCAGACUUUUUCCUUUGGGUGCAUACUUAACAUACAAACCAUGCUUAUGCACAUUUCCACCUGAAAAGUUUAACACCUGGUUGCUCAUUUUAUUGUACAAAAUUUAAAUGGUGCCAUUUAUCUCCCAGGUAUUGUUGCACAAAUGUCUGGUACGUCAUACUGUAUAUGGAAAUGUUUUUCCCUUGCAUCACUAGUUUAAUUCCAUAUAUGUAAUUAAAUGAAACCUACCAAGAAAAGUAUUUUUAUGCUGUAUUUACAUAUUUGCUUUUGCCAUUGUGUAAUUUUCUAUUUCGUAUAAGUUGAAUUUGCAUGCUCAUGAAACGUCUUAACUUUUUUUCAGUUUUGUUCCUAAAACAAAAUAAAACUUGAGUUUUAGAAAUUG